UUAAUCAAUCAUAUCAUGUCUUCCGAUAUCUCAGUCAUUCUUCCUCGUGUUCUAAUCGUUUCUAGACGAACCGUUCGAAAGAACAAGUUCGUUGAUUUCGUUGGGGAAUAUCACCUUGAUCUUAUAGUAAGCUAUGGUGCAGUUCCUGUUAUUGUUCCUCGUGUCUCAGGGGUGCAUAUGUUGUUGAAUAGCUUCGAACCAAUCCAUGGUGUCCUUCUAUGUGAAGGAGAAGACAUUGACCCUUCAUGGUACGAACAAGAUAACACAUGUCUUUCUCAGGAGGAGUUGGAUGAAAUCAGAAGGCUUCAUGCGAGUGAUACAUCCAUUGACAAAGAGAAAGACUCAAUUGAGUUGAGCCUCGCCAAGCUUUGUCUCGAAAGGAACAUUCCUUACAUGGGAAUAUGCAGAGGUUCACAAGUUCUGAAUGUUGCAUGUGGGGGUACCCUUUAUCAGGACAUAGGAAAAGAGCUUUCAAAAAAUUGCCCUGAAAACCAAAGAGUGAUGCAUAUAAACUAUGAUGAUUAUGACGGUCAUAGACAUGCUGUUAAGGUUGUCAAAAACACCCCUUUGCAUCAUUGGUUAAAGGAUUCAUUGGAAGAAGGGAAAAUGGAGAUUUCAGUUAAUAGCUAUCACCAUCAAGGUGUCAAGAGAUUGGCACAACGUUUUGUCCCAAUGGCAUUUGCCUCUGAUGGCUUGAUUGAAGGGUUUUAUGACCCUGAUGCUUAUAAUCCAGAAGAGGGCAAGUUUAUUAUGGGAUUGCAAUUUCACCCAGAGCGUAUGAGAAAGCUGAAUUCAGAUGAAUUUGAUUACCCAGGAUGCCCUUUUGCUUAUAAGGAAUUUGUAAAAGCAGUAAUUGCUUAUCAGAAAAGGCUGAAUAGUUUAACAUAUAUUCAAAAGCCUCUUAAGCUUAACAGGGAAAUGGAGAAUAAAAGGAAAAUCAUAGUGCGUAGCUUUUCACUAGCGAAAAACCUAUACACAAUGGGCCGUGGGAAUUGUUCUUCCAAAGAAUCUGAACUUGAAGCUGGGGCUGAAUUUCUUGAGUCAAACACAGCUUUGAGUGUGCAGCAAGAGAAACGGUUAAAGCAAAUGGGAGCAACAGUUAGAAAUGCAGGGUCAUACAUAGAGAGAUUGAAGCUGAAUGAGGAAAGAGAAAAAAUGGCUAGAAAUGUUAUGGGAAAAAUGUCAGUGGAGCAAUUGUCAGAUCUCAUGUCUUUCUACCACACCAUGGGGCAGAUUUGUUCAGAAGUGUUGGAAAGAAAGAUACAUGAUGUUGUGAAUGACUUUGCUUCUUGA